AUGUCUUUAAUUACGAAAUCGAUCAAACCUAAUAAACUUUUACUGGUAUUCAUACAUGGUUUUAAAGGUGAUGAUACAACAUUUCAGAAAUUUCCAGAAAGGAUACAUAACACCCUAACAAGUUUCUAUAGUGACAUGGAAACUGAAACAAUCAUUUAUCCAAGAUAUGAGACACGUGGAGAUUUAAAGAAAGCUGUGGAGAUUUUUUGUAAUUGGUUGGAAGAAAGAGUAGAACACGAGGAAAAAAUGUUGACAGAAAAAGGAAUUGGUAAUAUAUGGGUUGGUCUGAUUGGGCAUUCUAUGGGUGGACUUUUAGGCGCUGAUGCUAUAAUAAGAUUUUCAAAUCAAUUAAAACAACCAAAAAUAAUUGGAUUAUUAACUUUUGAUUCGCCAUUUUAUGGAGUAAACAGCGAUGUCUUCUCCAGAGCAGCAUUAGAAAGAGUAUCGGGAGUUACUACAAAACUUAAAGAAACAUAUUCAAUAUUUACAGCUACAAAAGAAUUUGUUUCAACAGUUUCUGCCUCAAAAGCAACAGCAGCUGCAGCUAUAGCUGCUUCUACUACCUCAACUGCUUCAAAAUCUGGCGGAUUUGGUGGUUGGGGUAUGGCAUUAGUUGGUGCAGCAGCUAUCGGAGCAGGUGCUACAGCAUAUUUACAUAAAGAAAAAGUUAGUAGCGGUAUUGGAUGGUUGGGAAGUCACUUAGAAUUUGUUGGCGUAUUAAUAAACAUAAAUGAACUCAGAGAAAGGGUUGAAACUUUAAUAAAAGUUCCAAGAAUUGGUUUUCAUUGUUAUUACACGCAGAUCGAGCCAAAAGCUUUUGGAGAUUUACCACGCACAUUUAUUGUUAAACCUCCAGAAGGAAAAAAGAAAUAUUUUUCACCUGCGUCAUGUACAUCAGCUGAUGAAAUAGAUGCACAUAUUACAAUGUUUGAUCCUGUGCAAAAUCAAUAUUUUUAUGAUCUUGCUCAUAAUUUAUUAGCACAAUCAUUGAUGAAUGCUCCAAAUUCUUCAUGUGUUUUAAUUAUUUCUUGUAAAACAAUUUGUCCUGUUGAAUUUAAAUUAUCCCAUUCUGUAAUUCUGGUAAAUGGAAGUAGGAGUGAUAAAUUAAUGGAUAUGGCAAAAAAUAAAUAA